CUCAGUGAUGCAAACUUGCACCGCUCAAUCCAAUUUGAUGUUCUGCUAGGAAAUUUGGUCUGUUCAGCCUGCAAAAACCUUUCAUAUGGAUGAUUUUGAAAAAUGAAAUCAUGCAAUCAAUGGCAAGCUUUAGCUUGGCUGGUUAUGACUAAUCUUGUGUGCACAUGCUUUAUAUUUUCAGAGUAUGUGGUGGUUGCAACCGCGAAAUUGGUUAUGGAAAUUAUUUGGGAUGCAUGGGGACUUUUUUCCAUCCGGAAUGCUUCUGUUGUCAUGCUUGUGGAUACCCCAUCACUGAGCAUGAGUUCUCUUUGUCGGGAAAGAACGCAUACCAUAAGUCCUGCUUUAAAGAACUGACUCAUCCCAAGUGUGAAGCCUGUCACCAAUUUAUUCCAACAAAUGGAGAUGGCUUGAUUGAGUACAAAUGCCAUCCAUAUUGGUCUCAGAAAUAUUGUCCUUCACACGAACAUGACAACACAGCACGAUGCUGUAGCUGUGAACGUUUGGAGUCUAGGAAGACUAGAUAUGUAUCACUCGGAGAUGGACGAAAUUUAUGCUUAGAGUGCUUGGAAUCAGCUAUCAUGGAUACUGGUGACUGCCAACCACUUUACCAUGGCAUCAGAGAUUACUAUGAAGGAAUGAACAUGAGAAUCGAUCAGGAAAUUCCGAUGCUUCUUGUUGAAAGACAAGCACUUAAUGAGGCCAUUGAAGGGGAAAAACAUGGAUUCCUGCACAUGCCCGAAACGAGGGGUUUAUGCCUGUCCGAAGAGCAGACUGUUACAAGUAUACUGAAGAGACCAAGAAUCGGGAGUCGUGGAAUGGUAGGAAUGAGAACUCAACCACAGAAGUUGACUCGCAGAUGUGAUGUUACAGCUAUUCUGGUCUUGUAUGGCUUGCCAAGGUUACUGACUGGGGCGAUCCUUGCGCACGAGCUAAUGCACGGAUGGUUACGUCUGAAUGGCUACCGUAAUCUGAAUCCCGAUGUAGAAGAAGGUAUCUGCCAAGUGCUCUCAUAUAUGUGGCUUGAGUCAGAAGUAAUGCCGGGAUCCAGAAAUAUUCCAUCCACUUCCAUGUCUUCAUUGUCAUCAACAUGGUCAUAUGGAUCGACAAGCAAGCCAUCCACAUCGACCGCUUCAUCUUCAUCUUCUUCAUCAUCGUCCAAGAAAGGUUACAACUCUAGCACAGAAAAUAAUCUAGGCCAAUUUUUUAUGCAUCAGAUUGCUAGUGAUGCUUCUCCAGCUUAUGGAGGAGGAUUUAGAUCAGCAAUGUAUGCAGUAAAUAAGUAUGGUUUACGCAGUACUUUGAAACAUAUUUACUGGACAGGAACUUUUCCAUUGUAACUGUUUCUGUGUCGUGUUAACUUGUAACACCAAUCAGCCUUCUGCCUGUUGGAGAACACGAAAAGACUUCCUCGUGAGGAUUGAGUUGAAAAUGCAAGGGUUGGAUUAGCUCCUCCUGAUUCUGUGGAAUCCUAAUGAGGGUACAAGUGCGAAAGCGACCUUGUGCAAAUAAGAAGCAUAUUUUUCAAUGAAAUUACAAGACAUUCCUAUCUA